AUUGGUUCGGUGCGUGGCAAGAAUAAACACUCUCAGGGUAUAUAUAUUGCGGUAAGGUGCGACACUUCCAAGAAAGAGAAACACCCACGAUAAACGGAAGAGCUUGGCUGAGAGAUCAGAGUUAAACAUUAGAUCAUUCGGCAUUUUGAAAAGGAAAGUCAGGAAUUUGAGGAUGAGGGCGCAGGUCAAAAAGGUUCCUCAGAUUCUUGAGCUGCUGAAAUCGAAGCCUGCGGGGUUGCAUCAGUACAAGCCAACAUCCUCCGUGUGCGUCCUGGAGGAGAAGGAUGCUGUGGAGGCUGCGCCGUGCGCUCACGCCGCCUCCAGAGCGCACAGCCUCGACGCGAUGCCCGGACCCACCAACUGGCCACUGGUCGGCAGUUUCAUCGACCUGAUGCGCAAAGGAGGUCUCACAAGACAGCACGAGGCACUGGUUGAUUAUCAUAAGAAGUUCGGAAAGAUUUUCCGGAUGAAGCUGGGCUCUUUUAAGUCGGUGCACAUUGGCGCACCUUGCUUGCUGGAGGCGCUCUACAGGAAGGAGGGAAGUUACCCGCAGAGGCUGGAGGUCAAGCCAUGGAAAGCGUACAGAGACAUGAGGGACGAGGCGUACGGACUGCUCAUCCUCGAGGGGAAGGACUGGCAGAGGGUGAGGAGCGCCUUCCAGCAGAAGCUCAUGAAACCGACCGAGGUGGUGAAGCUGGAUGGGAAAAUCAACGAGGUGUUGGUGGAUUUCGUUGCCCGGGUCGUGAAAAUAAACAACCAGGGGAAGAUCGACGACCUGUACUUCGAGCUGAAUAAAUGGUCGUUUGAGACCAUUUGCCUCGUGCUCUACGAUAAGAGGUUCGGUCUGCUGCAGGAGAAAGUCAACGAGGAAGCCAUGAACUUCAUCACCGCCGUGAAAACGAUGAUGAGCACGUUUGGCGUGAUGAUGGUCACACCGGUGCACGUCCACAAGAGGCUCAACACCAAAAUCUGGAGAGACCACACGGCAGCGUGGGACCGCAUUUUCAGCACCGCUAAAGUCUACAUAGACAAGAAGCUGAAGAAGAUCGACACCAGAGCUCCCGACGACUUAAUUGGGGACAUUUUGCAAAACAGCUGUCUCUCCAAGAAGGAGCUGUACGCCGCCAUCACCGAGCUGCAAAUCGGAGGAGUCGAGACGACUGCCAACAGCAUGCUGUGGGCUAUUUUCAACCUGUCGCGUAACCCUGGCGCCCAGAGGAAGCUGCUGGAGGAGAUCAGAGGGGUGGUGCCUCCCGACCAGGACCCGUGCGGCGAGCACAUCAAGAGCAUGCCCUACCUCAAAGCCUGCCUCAAGGAGUCCAUGAGGUUAUCGCCAUCGGUCCCCUUCACCAGCAGGACCCUGGACAAAGACAUUGUGCUGGGAGAUUACGCCAUUCCCAAUGGAACGGUUCUGAUGAUCAACACACACGCUCUGGGCUCCAACGAGGAGUACUUUGACGACGCCAAGCAGUUCAAACCCGAGCGCUGGCUCCGGGAGACCAGCACCAUCAACCCGUUUGCCCACGUGCCCUUCGGCAUCGGGAAGAGGAUGUGCAUCGGCCGGCGUCUGGCGGAGCUGCAGCUGCAGCUGGCCAUGUGCUGGCUGGUGCGAGACUUUGAGAUUGUGGCGACUGAUAAUGAACCGCUGGACGUGAUCCAUUCAGGACUUUUGGUUCCCAACAGAGAGCUGCCAGUCGCCUUCAUUAGGAGAUGAGGCUCCACAUUGAACAUUGCUGGACUUGUGACAGAAAGAUGAUACCUCUGUUUGGCCCUGACGGUCUAGUGACUCCCUGUGUUGCUGCUCUGUAAAUAGAACAAAAAGGAAUUAUUUUAUACAUACAUAAAAUUUAUACAUAUACAAAAUUAUUACAUACAUAAUAGUACAUGCCACACAUACCUCAAAGAUAUUUAUAGAUAUUCUGUGAUUGUUGUCGUCUGACCAAACAUACCUGUUCUGUACAAAUGCUAUACAAGGCAGCUGUUCUCAAAUCUAAUGUCCUCCAGACACAUGUAUGUAGAUUUCAAACAAAUACUUUUCCAUGUUUAAUAACUUAUAUACCAAAUAUAGGUCACAUGCUUUGUUUUUAUUCUGUAUAUAAAUAUAGCACAUUGUUUUAUGCAAAGUCAUUUUAUUGUAUUAAACCUGUAUUAAUAAAUGUAUAAAGCCA